AUGCAGUCUCGUCGACUUUGGUGGUCACCGAAACGCAAUACCGUAGAAAUUCAUAACGAAAGCGUUACAAUAAAAAAUGCUAAACCGAAAGUGGGCUCAUUGGGUAAUAUUAAGUAUCGACCAGGUGGUGGUCAAGUUACAUUACCUAAGGAAUCUACCAAAUGGCAAGCAUCACCGAGAAUCAACUCAUUAUCGAAUAUAAGUUGGACACCUCCAGCGCCGCAUGUUAGUAUUCAACAAGAAAAAUUAAAUUGGAAAGCUCAGCCGAAAGUUAAUUCAAUGGAUAAUAUCAAGUACAAGCCAGUCGAGAGAAGCGUGGAAAUUUAUCACGAAAAACUUGACUUUACACAUGCAACGCCACGUGUCGACUGCGGCUUUUCAAAUUGA